CUUCACCACCUCGUAAAGCCUUCAGCUUCGUCAAUUGAGAAAGUGUUGAUAUGUGAUCCCCUGGCGCCCACGCUGCAUCGCCUUCAGCUUUAUUCUAGUUACCAGUAUAAACUAUACGUUAACUUUGGCUCCCUCCAGACGAGAUGAGACGAUGGAAGGUGGGCUUGAUUACGUAGGUAAUACGGAUGGAUCCUUUUUGCUUGCAGGUGCAUGGACCAUCUGGCAUCACAGUGCUGUUUUGACACCCCUGAUUUCACCCCACCUUACCCCCCCGGGUGUUCGCAUCCAAAGUAAACAAGUCUGCCGAAUUUGAAGCGCGACAACCUUCGCGCCGCGUCUGCCAGAAUACCAAACUCACAAAUCGAGAGAUAACAAGUGAGGCCGAACCACCCCGGCGCACCAGAAUGAGGGUCAUCGAAGUGAUUAUUGAUGGCUUCAAGUCAUACGCCGUGCGAACGGUCAUCUCAGGAUGGGACGAGAGCUUCAACUCGAUCACUGGCCUCAACGGCAGUGGCAAGUCCAACAUUCUCGAUGCGAUUUGCUUCGUCCUGGGCAUUACCAACAUGUCCACCGUCCGCGCGCAAAACCUACAAGACCUCAUCUACAAACGUGGCCAAGCCGGUGUCACCAAGGCCAGCGUCACAAUAGUCUUCGAUAACCGGGAUAAAAAGAAGUCGCCCAUCGGGUUUGAAGAAUAUGCCACCAUCAGCGUGACUCGGCAGAUUGUGCUUGGAGGCACUUCCAAAUACCUCAUCAACGGACAUCGUGCUCAACAGCAGACAGUGCAGAACCUCUUCCAGUCCGUCCAGCUCAACAUCAACAACCCCAACUUCCUCAUUAUGCAGGGUAGGAUUACCAAGGUCUUGAACAUGAAGGCCGUGGAAAUCCUGGCCAUGAUCGAGGAGGCGGCGGGAACGCGUAUGUUUGAGGACCGAAGGGACAAGGCACUGAAGACAAUGGCGAAGAAGGACAUGAAGCUGCAGGAGAUCGCGGAACUGCUUCGCGACGAGAUCGAGCCCAAGCUUGAGAAGCUCCGGACCGAGAAGCGGGCAUUCCUGGACUUCCAGCAGACGCAAACAGAUCUUGAACGCCUGACCAGAGUGGUCGUGGCUCAUGACUAUGUCAAGUGCCAGGAGAAACGACAGCAAUCCGCUUCAGAUUUGGAAGCUAAGAAGCAGCGCCAAAAAGACCUCGAGCAGUCCGCCGCGAGGUUGAAGAGCGAGAUCUCACACCUGGAGGAGGACGUGCAGAGGAUCAAGGCGGAGCGGGACAAGGAGCUUCGGAAGGGCGGCAAGGCGCAAGCGUUGGAAGACGCCGUCAAGAAGCAUUCCAAUGAGCUGGUUCGGCUGGCAACUGUCAUGGACCUCAAGAAAACCAGCAUGGCAGAAGAACAGGAGCGGAAGACGAAUGGCGAGAAGAGCGUUGCCGAAUUGGAAACCACGCUGAAGGAGAAGACCAAGGCCUACGAGAAGAUCAAGGCCAAGUACGACACUGCGAAGGAAGAACUCGAGAAGCAGAACCAGGACGCCGAGUCCAAAGAAGAGCUUCUGCAGACGCUGCAAACCGGCGUUGCAUCCAAGGAAGGCCAAGAGAACGGAUACCAAGGACAGCUCCAGGAUGCAAGGAAUCGUGUCACUGCUGCAGUCACGGAACAAGAACAGGCGAAGAUCAAGAUUUCCCAUCUCGAGAAGCGAAUCAAGGAGGAGGAGCCCCGCGCGAAGAAGGCCAAGGAGCAGAAUGCUGGACUUCUAAAGGACCUGGACGGCCUGCGAUCUCAAGCACAGCGGUUGGAGAAGGACCUUGGUAAGCUCGGCUUUCAACCGGGGACCGAAGAAGAAAUGUACAAGCAGGAAAGCUCGCUGCAACAGACCGUGCGGAAUCUGCGCCAGGAGUCCGACGCCCUGAAGCGCAAGGUCGCGAACAUCGACUUCAACUACUCGGAUCCGGUGCCGAACUUCGACCGGUCAAAAGUGAAGGGGUUGGUAGCGCAACUCUUCAACCUCGAGGAGGAGCAUACCCGAGCGGGGACUGCUUUGGAGAUCUGCGCAGGUGGACGCCUCUACAAUGUGGUCGUGGAUAACGAGGUGACUGGCACUCAACUGCUGCAAGGAGGCAAGCUCCGGAAGAGAGUGACGAUCAUCCCCCUGAACAAGAUUGCCGCGUUCAAGGCCUCGGCGCAGACCAUCGCCACAGCUCAGAAGAUUGCCCCCGGCAAGGUCGACCUCGCACUCUCUCUGGUCGGAUACGACGACGAGGUAUCUGCCGCCAUGGAGUAUGUCUUUGGCAACACUCUGAUUUGUGCCGAUGCGGACACUGCCAAAAAGGUCACAUUCGACCCGAAUGUGAGGAUGCGCAGUAUUACCCUGGAGGGUGAUGCUUACGAUCCCUCGGGCACCCUCUCCGGUGGCAGCUCGCCAAACUCGAGCGGCGUUCUGGUCACCCUGCAGAAGCUCAACGACAUCACAAGGCGGCUGAGAGAGGCCGAAUCCUCUCUAAACGGGCUGCAGACAAAGAUCGCAAAGGAGAAGUCGAAACUUGACCAGGCGCGCAAGAUCAAGCAAGAACUAGACCUCAAGGCCCACGAGAUUAAGCUUGCAGAGGAGCAGAUCAGCGGCAACUCGUCGUCUUCCAUCAUCCAGGAGGUUGAAAAUAUGAAGCAGACCAUCACACAGCUCAAGAGCGACGCGGCCGAAGCCAAGAAGCGGCAAGCAGAGGCCAACGCCGACGUCAAGAGGAUCGAGAAGGACAUGAAGGACUUCGACAACAACAAAGAUGGCAAGUUGGUCGAGCUCCAGGCCUCCCUAGACAAGCUACGCGCCUCGCUGAGCAAGAUGGUGGCGUCGAACAAGGCUCUCCAAAAGGAGCUCCAGGGCGCCCAGCUCGACUCGGAGCAGGUCGCGGGCGACCUGGCCGCGGCACGCGAGCAGCUGCAGGAGAUUGACCUCGCCAUCAAGGCGCAGAAGGAGGAGAUGAAGGAUCUCGAGAGGCAGCAGGUCGGCGCCAAGGAGACGCACGACAGCGCGCAGGCCCAGCUCGACGAGGAGCGGACCAAGCUGCACGUGUUCGACGACGAGCUACGGGCGCUCGAGGAGACGACGCGGUCCAAGAACGCGCGCGUGACGGAGGAGAGCCUCGAGAUGCAGAGGCUGGGCCACCAGGUGGAGAGAUUCCACAAGGAGCAGCAGACGGCGGUGCAGACGGUGGCCAAGAUGGAGCAGCAGCACGAGUGGAUCGGCGACGCGAAGGAGCAGUUUGGGCGGGCGGGCACGCCGUACGACUUCAAGGUCCAGAACAUCGGCGAGUGCAAGUCGACACUGCACAACCUGACGGAGCGCAGCCAGGGCAUGCGCAAGAAGAUCAACCCAAAGGUGAUGAACAUGAUCGACAGCGUGGAGAAGAAGGAGGUCGGGCUGAAGCACAUGAUGAAGACGGUGGUGCGCGACAAGCGCAAGAUCGAGGAGACCAUCGUCAGCCUCGACGACUACAAGAAGAAGGCCCUGGAGGAGACGUGGCGCAAGGUCAACGGCGACUUUGGCCAGAUCUUCAACGAGCUGCUGCCCGGCAGCUUCGCAAAGCUAGACCCGCCCGAGGGCAAGACCAUCAGCGACGGCCUCGAGGUCAAGGUUUGCCUCGGCAAGGUCUGGAAGCAGAGUCUGACCGAGCUGAGCGGUGGGCAGAGGUCGCUCAUCGCGCUGUCGCUCAUCAUGGCACUCCUGCAGUUCAAGCCGGCGCCCAUGUACAUCCUGGACGAGGUGGACGCGGCGCUGGACCUGUCGCACACGCAGAACAUUGGGCGGCUCAUCAAGACGCGCUUCAAGGGCUCACAGUUCAUCGUCGUCAGCCUCAAGGACGGCAUGUUCCAGAACGCGAACCGCAUCUUCCGGACGCGCUUCAGCGAGGGCACGAGCAUGGUCCAGGCCCUGACACCUGCGGAUCUGAAGUGAGUCGGUUCGUAUGUGUUUAUGGAGAAAUGCUGGGAGCGAAGGGCUUGUGUGGCGGCGAUUUUGGGCCCAUGUGAAUACGGGGGAAAGUGGGAUGGGGAGGAGUAGGUUGUUUGGUCUACAGGAUGCAUCACGACUUGAGCAACGGAUAUCAUACGGUCUUAAUGAGCUGGGCGGGUUAUUACGGCUUGGGUUCUAUGUCGCUGUCUUGCCUUUUUUUCCCUCUCUAUGUAUAUGUUCUGUUAUUACAAAUCGUCUCUUAUCCAAAC